AACAACGCCAAAUUUCGUUCCUCAUAAGUCUUGGUAUUAUUCCUAUGUUAUCAAGAGACAAAUUUCAAGUAUUGCACCGGUAAUUGUUAACCAUGGAGAAGAUACUAAUAAACAUCAAGAGACAACCCGUCAGUUUAUAAUACCAGAGAAUCAAGCGUGGAGUUGUUUAUCAAUAGGACAGAAAAUAGGUCGCGAGUCUCUAAUAACUUCAUCGUGUAAUGAAAAUCGUUUUAAACUUCAUAGUGCGAAAGGUGCCGACCUUGAAUGGCCAUUGCGAAAACAUCCUAAAGAAAAAAGAAAAGCCAAAGAGGCAAGUUAA